AUGUGUGAGGAUUGCUUGUCUUCAGGGCCAGAAUUUACUUUGAAAUGUGCCCACAAAAGAAAUUUGAUUUCGGAGGAUGAUGAUAAUCAUCAUAUUGAAGAACGCUGCGAUUUUAAUGAGAAAAGAUCUGGUUUUGCUACUGAUUCAUUUAAUAAAGCUGAUGAUCAUGGUCCUAUGCGAGCCGACAUUGAAGAAGACAUGAUUCCUAAUAUGCCCACUUCCGUAGACAGUCCCCAUAACUUGCAUGAGAAAAAGGACUAUGGGACUGAAGAGUCUUUGGAUGGAAAUGUGACUAGUGAGUUGGAAAGUGGCGAUGGAGUUGUUACAGUCGAACGCCUCAAAUCAGCUCUAAUAGCUGAACAAAAGGCUUUGCAGACACUAUAUUCCGAGCUAGAAGAAGAGCAGAGUGCUUCUGCAGUGGCUGCGAGUCAAAUGGUAGCAAUGAUAGAUCAACUGCAGGAAGAGAAGGCUGCAAUGCAAAAGUCUGAAUAUGAUCAAGAGGCUUCGCAACUUUUGAAUGAGCUUAUGGUGAAGAGGGAGAAGGAAAAACAAGAACUAGAGAAAGAAUUGGAAGGAGUUAGGAAGAAAUUGUUGGAUUAUGAGGAUAGUGAUGGGUUAUCUGUUGAUUUGAAUCGAGAUGCAAAGGAAGAAGAGGGAUUUUAUAGCAAUCAAGAAUGCAGCAAGUCGAAAAUUCGGGUUGAUGAAGUUAUAGAAAUGGAAGAAUCAUUAGCAGACUUUGAGGAAGAGAGGUUGUCCGUUCUAGUACAACUUAAGGUUUUAGAAGAAAAACUUGUGGCAUUGGAACAUGAAGAGGAAAGACGUUUUGAAGGUUCUACACCUGUGGAAGAUUUACACGAAGAGAAUGGCAUUCGUCUAGAUGAAAACACUUGUUAUAGUGAUGAAUCAAACGGGCAUCUUCUUCAAGAGAUUUUGCAACAUCUUCAUGAUUUACGCGAUGUGGAGCUUCUAGAGAGAAAUUUGAAUGAUGGUGCUGAUAUGAAGUAA